UUUCAUCUUCUCUUUUCGUCGUUGCUGUUUUGCUUCGUUGCUUCGCAGGUGUAGAGAUUGCACGAGUCGCUUCUUCUGCUCCUUCGUUGCUGUUCGACUUCACUCCUUCGACAACUCUCCCCUCCUGUUGGAUCGGAAAUUAAGACAUUUUGAUCGGAAGCAACAACGGGAGCUUGCUGGCCGUGAAGCCCCUACGAGCGGGAAAGGCGGAUGGAGAAGAAGGUGGUUGUGGUUUGUAGCCUUGUGGGCUUUCUUGGUCUUCUUUCCGCUGCCCUUGCGUUUGCUGCGGAGGCUACAAGGAUUAGGGCUUCUGAUGUGGUGACAAAGAAUUUGGGUGAUUGUAUAUAUCCAAAGAGCCCAGCUGUAUAUCUUGGAUUAUUUUCAGCAGUUGUUGUUGCAAUAGAUCAAGCUGUUAUCAAUUUUGUUUCCGGGUGCAUAUGCUGCAAGAGAAAUUUAAACCGCCACAACACUAACUGGACUGUAGCAUUGAUAUCCUUCAUUGUCUCUUGGGUUACUUUUGUCAUAGCAUUUCUUCUAUUAUUGACUGGUUCUGCACUAAAUGAUCAGAAAGGUAUGCAAAAGAUGUACUUGGGCAAUUACUGCUAUGUUUUGAAACCCGGGGUCUUCUCUGGAGGUGCAUUUUUAUCGCUUGCAAGUGUUUCUUUAGGAAUUAUUUACUAUUUGGCACUUCAAAAACCAAAAAGUUCACAGUCAUGGGGUCCUCCACAUAAUCAGGGGAUUGCUUUAGGACAACCCCAUAUCCCUCCUCAGACAGAAAAUCCAGUCUUUGUGCACGAGGAUACAUACAAUAGGCAACAAGUUUUAUAGCAAAAUUUUUUAGUUUGCAGAAGGCCAGAACAAUAUCUUUAUAAAUCUGUCUAUAAAAUCGGAACUAUUUAUAAACACUGCAUAAGGGCUUUGUGUGUUGUUUUAUUUGUGAUAAAAUAUUAUGUAAUUGUAGGGGAAAUUGUAGUAUUAGGUCUUAAUAUUUUAUGUGUAUUUUUUGUGGGUUGUAUUUAUGGAAUCUUAUAGUUAGUUGUUGUUUGUUUCUAUGAUAUCUAUUAUGAUUUUGUAUUAUGAGCA